AUCCAAGGACAUUAGAACAGUCCAUAUCCGAGAGAAGGCACGCAUAAUAACUCCUCCUUCCCCCUUGCGUCCUGUUACGUCUGUCCUCUACCGUUCCCCGACCCAUCAGUAGAGAAGCUACGCUGCCUCGUCGUUCACGGAUAUCCCGAAAGCCGGAGGAAUAGCUCAAUCCUGUACAGCCAUGGCAGAAAACGCCGGCUUGGAAAACCACCGCAUCAAAAGCUUUAAAAACAAGGGACGUGAUGUCGAGACUAUGAGGAGGCAUCGAAAUGAAGUGACAGUCGAGCUGAGAAAGAACAAACGAGACGAGCAUCUACUGAAGAAGAGGAACGUCCCACUGGAGGAGAAUCUGGAAGACUCUGAUGUCGACUCUGACUUCAAAGCACAAAAUGUCACACUUGAUGUCAUUUUACAGAACGCCACAAGUGACAACGCCGUGGUUCAGCUCAGUGCUGUGCAGGCUGCUAGAAAACUCCUCUCCAGCGACAGAAACCCCCCGAUCGACGACUUGAUAAAGUCUGGUAUUCUGCCCAUCCUAGUCAAAUGUUUGGAGAGGGAUGACAACCCCUCGCUCCAGUUCGAGGCAGCCUGGGCCCUGACCAACAUUGCCUCAGGGACUUCAGCACAGACUCAGGCUGUGGUUAAAUCCAACGCCGUUCCUUUGUUCCUGCGACUGCUCCACUCCUCCCACCAGAAUGUGUGCGAACAGGCAGUCUGGGCUCUGGGCAACAUCAUCGGUGACGGCCCCCAGUGCAGGGACUACGUCAUCUCCCUGGGCGUGGUCGUCCCCCUGCUCUCAUUCAUCAACCCCUCCAUCCCCAUCAGCUUCCUCCGCAACGUCACCUGGGUCAUCGUCAACCUGUGCCGCAACAAGGACCCGCCGCCCCCCAUGGAGACCGUCCAAGAGGUGGGCACGAUUCUGCCGGCCCUCUGUUUGCUUAUAUACCACAUCGACCUAAAUAUUCUCGUAGACACGGUGUGGGCGUUAUCAUACCUGACCGACGGCGGUAAUGAGCAGAUCCAGAUGGUGAUAGAUUCGGGUGUGGUUCCCUUCCUCGUCCCGCUGCUCAGCCACCAGGAGGUCAAAGUUCAGACAGCCGCCCUGAGGGCCGUGGGGAACAUCGUGACCGGGACAGACGAACAGACGCAGGUGGUGCUCGACUGUGACGUGCUCUCGCACUUCCCCAACCUGCUCACACACCCCAAGGAGAAGAUCAACAAGGAAGCCGUGUGGUUCCUGUCCAACAUCACAGCAGGGAACCAGCAGCAGGUCCAGGCUGUAAUCGAUGCUGGACUCAUCCCCAUGAUCAUCCACCAACUGGCCAAGGGGGACUUUGGCACUCAGAAGGAGGCAGCCUGGGCCAUCAGCAACCUCACCAUCAGCGGGAGGAAAGACCAGGUGGAGUUCCUGGUGGAGGAGAACGUCAUCCCUCCCUUCUGCAGCCUUCUGUCGGUCAAAGACUCCCAGGUGCUGCAGGUGGUGCUCGACGGCCUGAAGAACGUGCUCAUCAUGGCCGGGGACGAGGCCAGCACCAUCACGGAGAUCAUCGAGGAGUGUGGAGGUCUGGAGAAGAUAGAACAUCUGCAGCAGCAUGAGAAUGAAGACAUCUACAAACUAGCCUUUGAGAUUAUUGACCAGUACUUUGCCGGGGAUGAUAUCGACGAAGAUCCGAGUUUGAUCCCGGAGGCCACACAGGCGGGCUUCAGCUUCGACCCGGCCACCAACAUGCAAACCAAGGAGUUCAACUUCUAGACACCAGACGGUGGUUGUUUCAGCCAGCUGCACGGGUACUCCCUCAUCACCCCAGACAUUCAUCCAUCUCCUCUCCCACCUGGUACAGAAGGAUUCGACGUGGGGCCAUGAGGAAUCCCACUUUUGAAGGAUUGGCCCCUCCCCAUCUCUGGCACUGAGGGGUGCACUGCUUUGUGGUGUCCUUUUUAUUUAAAGAAACACAUGACAUCUUUCUUCUCUGAGCAUUACGGCCCGGCACACAGGAGUCCUGGUUAUGUGUGAGCAUCGCAACAUACGUCUGGUCAACGGCUUUGGGAGGAUGGCUGGCUUUUCCUCUGCCUGUGCUUCUAAAUAAUCCAUCGGAGCUCGGAAAUCAGAAAGAAGAGAAGUUGAUGUUUUUUGUUUUGUUGCCAAAAACCACUGUUUUCACCAAGGCACACACACACACACACACACACACACACACACACACACACACACACACACACACACACACACACACACACACACACACACACACACACACACACACACACACACACACACACACACACACACACACACACACACACACGGCUAGAAUUUGUGUGCACACUUCUGGUAGAAGCGGAUACAUCACUAUUUUGGGGAAAGAAAUAUUGCUCUUUGUUUGUGUUUUUUCUUUUUUUGU